UCCAGCUCUCUCAGGGGGAUGUGAACCCCUGGGCAGGGCAGAGCUGUGCUGCGGGUGCUGUGCUCUGCUGCUGGGCAUCCCUACUGAGAAGGGCGAGCUCUGGCAUUGCCUUCUCUCCUUGUUUAUUCAGGUUUAAAAUUAAUCUGACCUUCCCCUGCUCAGACUUGUGCAAACACGGCACGUCCCUGGGCAGGGAGCUGCUGCCGGCCUGAGGGUAGCCCUCUCUGUACCCAGCUUGUGGCAUUACUGUCUCCUCUGGAUGAGGUCCCCACGAGGAUCCAGGUGCUGGGGGAUGGGGGGGCUUCCUCCUGGCAAAGGCAGCUCAGGCCAUCCAUCAGCGCACGGUUAAUCCUCUGGUGAGAGCUGCCAGAAGACUGAGUGCCCGGAUCAGGCGUCUCUGUGCUGGACCAGGGGGGGCUGCAAUGCUUCCAUCCCGGGCAGAAGCCCAUGUACGAGAGCCAGCGAUUGUUUCCCCAGCCUUGACCCCCUCCGCUCCCGCCAACCCAACCCUGCGUCUUCCAUCUUUUGCCAAAUCCCGGCUCUCCGCUCUGCCCCAGCCUCACCGGGAGUCAGCCGGGCAGGGAGUAGGGAAGGGGUGAUGGAGAGCAGCACCGUCGCCAGACCUGGUGCAGAAGCAAGCACCCGACUCGUCCACCACCUGAUUUUUAUUUUAUUCCCCUCGCAGUGCCUCGCUGCAUACCACAGCCGUGCUUUUUAUAGCCCCCAGCUGCAGCCUCGGCGUGCUCCCAGCCCGCUCCCCGCCGCAGCCCUGCUCGCUCCAUGCCAGCAGCCCCGGCCAGGGGGGGAUGGACGACAUUCCCGGGGUCCCUGUGGCGGUUCAGGGAGCGGAGAGCAUGGGCUGCGGAGGAGGGCGGAUAAUUAAACCCUAACCCGGAGCCACGCUCCCGUGCCGGCGGAGGCGCUUCCAGAGCCGCAUUAGUCACCCCCGUGGCAGCCGGCACGUGCCGCGUGACAGGUCGAGGCCGAGUGCUGGUGGCCCGUCCCCCGCUGUCCCCUCUGCUGCUGCCCAGGGCUGGUUCCAGGCAGCCCGAGCCACCAGCGCCUUCCAUGAGCCAGCUUGCUCUGCCGCGGAGGGGGUGGUGUGUCAGCGAGGGGGGUACCCCCGCCAACCCCUCCAGCCCCGCUUGCCCCCCAGCCUCUGGCGGGUUUACUGGAGUUACAGGGGGAUUAAAGGUUCCUGCCCACUCCCCGGGAGCACUUUUACGAGCAUCUGGGGCUCGCUGCUGCGUUUCCACUUCUCACAGCCGCUUCCACAGCUGGGAUGCUGCUAUGGGGUCCGGAGCGAGGAGGAGGAGAUGAGAUGCACAGUUCCAUCCCAGGCCUGGGCAGGGUGAUGAUGUUCCUCGCAGCAGCCCUGGCAUCAGCGUCCUUUGCUAUCCCUGAAGACUGGGGAGAGGAAGGCGUGCAGUAUGGACAGCUGGGGACAGACGUGACCCUGUCAUGCCCUGGUGUCCAUGCCAGCUCACCGGUGCGAUGGAGGCGAGCAGGUGCCACGGCGCUGCCAGAGGGCUCAGCCAUCCAGCAGGGAUCCCUGGUGCUGCCGAGCGCCAGCCUGGCCGUAGUGGGAACGUACAGCUGCCACAGCGAGGAUGGCAGCCUCCUGCACACUGUGUCCCUGCGUCUGGGGCAUCUGCCUGGAGUUCCCUUUGUGUCCUGCCGAGCAUCUGACUAUGAGAAUUUCUCUUGCUCCUGGACCUCCAGUGUGGAGACCUUCCUUCCCACCAAAUACAUCACCACAUACAGGAAGAAGUCCCUGACAGGCGAAGAAAAGCGGAGGAACAAGAAUGGGCACGUGGGGCUGUGCCUGCAGGAUCCGUCCCGCCCCGGCACCUGCACCGUCCACAGGUCAGAGUUCUGGAGCUCCUACCGCCUGAACAUCACCGAGGUGAACCCCCUGGGCUUCAGCUACCGCCUUCUUGAUGUCACCAUGCAGGCCAUCAUUAAGCCAGACCCUCCAGAGGGCUUGGUGGUGAAGCCCAUCCCCCUGGCCCCGCGGCGACUCCAUGUGAGCUGGAAGUACCCCUCCUCCUGGCCAAAGGAACCCCACUUCCAGCUAAGGUUUCGCCUCCAGUACCGACCCGUCAUCCACCGUUCCUGGUCCGUGGUGGAGACGGUGAAUCUGUCUGAGGUUAUCACGGAUGCCUUCGCCGGGCUGGAGCACGUGGUCCAAGUCAGUGCCAAGGAUUUCCUGGAUGCGGGCAAUUGGAGCGAGUGGAGUGCUGAGGCCCGGGCAACACCAGUCAGAGACCUGGUCUCCACAGCAAGUGAAGAAACCACUACAGAUGCCAGACUGGAGAGCCUGGCUGAGGAGCCCUCCCAGGCUCCCAACCCUGAGCCCAUCAAUCGCAGUGACCCCUUGGAAAAGAUGGCCGUCCUGGUGUCCCUUGGGAUCUUUGCCUUCUUCAUCCUGGCUGCUGUUCUUGUCAUCACCAUCCUCAUCUGGCUCCGGGUGAGGAAACAUGGCAAGGACAAGACCAAACCCAGCUUUUUGGUUGCUGCCACCCACUUGAAGGCACUACCAACAGAAGCUCAGAUCCUGUAGUGAGCCCUGGCCGAUCCCUGCUCCCUGCACCCGCUUGCCCACGCGUGGGACUUGAUGCCACUGCUGGCCCCCAAGGACCCCACGCCUCCUGGGUCACCCCACAGCUGUGGAAUUGCUGGAGCCCCCAACACCCUGGGGUUGCAGGAUGGAUCCUAAGGAAAGAGGCUCUGCUCUCAGGAGCGUUGGACUGCCUGAGCCCACCCGGAGCCAGCUGGAGUCACUUCAGGCUCAGGGUGACAGGCCAGCUCUGCCUCUGAGCGCUGCUAAACCAAUGGGGAUAAGACUCUGAGCCAGCCCCACUUCACUGCCUAGUGUUGAGGGGGACCAUGGGUGUAGGCUCCCGGGGGUGCCGGGCAUCAGUGCCAGACCAAGGAGUGCUGAUCCCUGCCUGUCACCCCCCACCAGCUGCCAGCAGGCAGAAGAAAACACCCCCUGCCCCUUCCCUCUGCCCCAAUCCCCCAUGCUGUGGCUGGACGGAGCAGAGAUGCCAAUAAAGGGGAUAUGCCAAUGCUAUCAUUGGCACUGUCCAGGCAAAACCCCUUUGCAGAUGAUGCUGGGCCAAGGGCGAGGUGAGCUUGGGAAUGGUCCUUGCAGGAGGUGCACAGGCAGCAGGGCUGCCUCCCAAACUGUUCAGCCCUCUCCCCAGGUGCAUGCAGGGGCUGAGAGAGACCCGAGGCUAAGUGCCAGAAGAGGAUGCAGACAGACAGCUGUGUGGCACAUCUCCCCUGCCCUCACCAGCAUGACAGCGGAGACAGGACCCUCUGCACAGCCCCCUUUGCUCUGCAUGUGGCCCCCUUGCUGCACCUCGACCCGGCCCCUCUAAUGGCUUCCAUGUGUUGGCACCUCCAGACCCCAGUGCUCAGUGCCAGCAGCCCAACGAGAUCCAGAUGGAGCUGGGUGGAAAUUCAGACAGCGGCAACGCGUGGAGCACGGGGAGCAGAGCCAGUGCAGGGUGGGGACGCACCUGGGUCCUGGGGCUGCCUGUGAACCCACGAUGCACAGGGAGCCUGGACGGGACAACCACAAAGGGUCCUUGUGUGGACAGGGCUGGAGGGAGCUGGGGCAGGCUGUGCCUUUUGCAAUGUGUUGUGUGCCCACAGGCUCCCUGCUGCUCUCACUGGGUGCCCUGGUUGUGGGGUCAUGAGGGCUCUCCGUGCUUGGCUUUGUGGGGUUGCAGCCCCUCACUGUCCCUCAUGAGCACAGACACGCUGAGUGAGAGAGAUGGGGGUUAGCUCUCUAUCUGCAGUGUGCUGCUGGCCUGGCACUACCCCUGGACCAGAGCAGAGCUCUCCAUAGGGCAGGUAAGGCAGGUCACCAAGCUGGGGAGGUGUAAGGAGCCAGAUCUUGCCUGGACUUCCAGGCUCAGCAGCCACAUCACCUCUCCCAGGUGCAUCCCAUAGCUUGACAGUUCCAGCUAUAUCACAGUGCCAUCAUCCGCUGUGCUCUGGUCCCCAGCACCCAACCCAGCCAACACACAUUCUGCUGUGUCACACAGUCACCCUUGUCAUGUCAUGGUCACCCUUGUCUCUUCUCAGUCCCCAGCAUGGCAUGGGCAGCCUUCACCAUUGGAAACUUCCUCUUACCACCACCAGAUCUCACUCCUCUGCCGCUAUGGAAGGGAUCAAGGCAGUGGUUGUCCAGAGAUGCUGUAGAACACAGGUGAUGUGCAUCCCAUAGCUGUGGCUCCAGUGAUGGCAAACAAUUUAGUAAGUUCCCAGCAUCUGGUUCUGGUUUAGAGACUGAUGCCUGCUUGAGAUGUAGCAGCACAGCAGCCAGAAAAUGGGAGACAGCAGCUCUGGCCCCUGUAUUCUGCCUGCUUUUAAAUCCAGAAAGUCCAUGCAUGCUCCAAAUAGAAGUUUGUUGCUGCUGUCUGGGGAACCCAUAGAUCUGUUGUCCCUGUGUGCCAAGCCUUGUGUCCCCUUCCUUAGCUGGUGCUUGCUUGGCCAGGCAGUAGGGACACCCAGUUCUGGUGACCAGGGCAGCUUGAGGGCAGGAGAGGCAUGUCUGGUCCUCAUCGCUGCAUCCUGCUGCCCAUGGCCCUGGAGGGUGACCCCUUUGCUCUCUGAUGUAAGGAGUCAUGACCUGCCAUCCAUUUGGCAGCUGGAGAUACCAAGAGCAGGCAGGGGGUCUGCAUGCCACCAGGGAGUCCUGCCUGCCUGCACUGCAGCUUCCUGCUGGGAUGCCCCAUGGCUCAGUUCCCUGCCCCAGCAGCCUGUAAAUGUGACACACAAGCCUUGGGGACCCAAAGGAAGGGCAAAUUCUGUGCUUUGGGGAAUAAAGAUGCUUGGUGCUGGGUGCUGCCCUCCCCGUUGCCAAAGGGGAAGAUGCACUGGUGCUGGACGUGGGCAAACAGGGCUUUCCAGCGGACUGAGAAGAUGCAAGGGGAGGGCUGGGGUGAGCAGCAAUCUGGAAUAAAGGAGAGGGAUCCAGAUGCCAAAAUCAACUUUGUCUUCAAGCCGUGGAGAAGAAAAACAGGAAGGGACCAUGAGACCAGUCCCAGCGCCAGCACCUCCCUGUCCCACUGCGGGGCCAGGGCACUUCCUCCAGGCUUGGGCUCUCUGGUGGCUCGCACAGCUGCUGAGUGAGCAGGAGGCUUCCUGCUGCAGGCUGGAGCCCUGCCUGGACGCACCCUGCCCCAAGUAGGCAGAGGCACAUCCAAACUUGCCUUUGCUGCCAUAUCCCACCCACCCCAGGGUGGAUGCAGUGCCAAGAUCACCAGGGGAGCUGGUACAAGCCAGGCCUGGAGAUGCUGAGAAUGUGUCAGGCCAAAGCAGCUCAUGGACUGCAUCCACAUGAGGUAGGGAUGGGUCCAGCUUCCUGGCAUGGAACAGGGACCAGCCCAAGCCCAGCAGGAAAAAAGUGCAGGAGAACAUGGCCGGGGAUAUACUUGGUUUGAAAAAUUCCCAUCAGCCAAUGCUACACACCAGGGAGGGUCCCCAGCACUGAGACACAGAGACAUCCAUAUCCACUGUCUCCAUCCAGCACAGGCUGACCAGAUCGUCUCAGGCAGGGGCUUGUUUGGGAAAUCCAUAGCUUUGGCAAAAGAUUUUGCAGCAGGGCACUCACUGGUUGUGGGUGGUUGUGCAGCGCUGCCUGGGCUGUUUGACUGCCACCAACCCUGCCAAAUUUCUGAGCUAGCCCUCAGGAUUAGCCUCCUCCUCUCCCUCCCUCGCUGCCAGGAUCAGCCCGUAUUUUGCAGGGGAGGAGGCGAAUUGCACAGGACUGUGAAGCAAAAUAGUCUCAACUUACCUCUCAUGGCUGCUUCUGCUUCCUUCUGUGCCAAACCCUGAGCCAAGGAAAGAAGGAAAAGCAGCUUCAGCAGAAUAGCCAUGAAACAUACAUCCAUCUAUAUGUCCUGAGAUGAUGCAGAGAGCAAAGGGUACAUACACAGUCAGUGGUUCAGCAGGGAGGGAAGGAGGAUGCAUGGAUUGAGGGAAGGAGACAUGCAGAUGUAUAUAUGGAUGGGUGGAUCAGUUGUCAGAGGGAAGAAGGGACAGAUGAAUUUAUAGAUUAAUGUAUGGAUAGGUAUUUGGACAUUCAGUUACCAUGCCAAGCAUCAAAGAUGCUCACUCUGCAGAGGCUGACUUGUGAAGAGGGAUGGAAGGCCCAUGGGCAGAGAGCAAGGAUUGUGUUUGGGAGCAAGUCUUGGGUGUGACCUAUGCACGCAGUCCUCAUAUAAAUGGCACCACAGCUGGCAUGAGGAGACAGAGCCUGAACUGUCACCAGUUCAGGUCCUGAGAGUACUGGGGAGAACGUGAGCCAUCUCCACAGGGAUUGCAUCCCCCUCAGGAACCACUUCCAUCUCACACUGCCCAGACACUGAGAGAGUAGGAUCAGCAGAGACUAUGCCCGCAGACACAGUGAAUCCAAACAUGAAUGCUUUAAAAAUGUAGUGUUGAGAGUUCACCUGACCAUGGCUUUCAUCUCACCUCCAUGUGGAUACCUCUGCCUUGGAACUUGCUAGAGAUACAAGACUGAACCCAUUAGAGACCCCUGCAACCCCUCCAUACUCUCUCUUCUUCAUCUGCCUCCCUUUCUAGCUGCCACAGGCCUGAACAUUCCUUGCUCUUCUUUCACCUGCCAGGCCAGAUGUGGAGAAGGGAGAGACCUGAGCCUUCUCUUACUGCUGCAUUGUCAGCUUCUCCCUCCAGAAAUGGGUUGUUUCUUUUUUGCUUGCUGGGGCUGGCCCCUUCCCUGCCUCCAGGAAGCUUUUGGUGUUUCACAGAUGGGAAAUGCCAGUAAUAGCCAGCAGCAUAGCUCUGCCCAAGCAGCACUGCUGCUUGUGAUGCUCCUGGGAAAUGGCUGCUCCUGGCUCCAAGAAGCAACAGCAGCAGCCCACAAUUUUCCUGGUAGCUUUUUUUUUCCCUUUUUCU